CUAGAAAGUUUGGCGUCGCAACUCGCAAGUUCCCAUUCCAUUUCGAGUCUUCCCAGAACCCUCUUAAACCCUCGCCGCAGCGAGCGAACGAGCGAUGUCGUCCUCCGCCGCGGCCUUCCUCGUUCGCCGGGCCCUUUCCGCACCUCCUGUCUUCCUACGGCUACGGCGCCCCCCCUCGCUCUUCUACUCGUCCCUCGCCUCCUCCCCCUCCUCCUUCCCCUCCCCUGCUCGAGCAGCGGUUCCUCUCAGCUCCGCGAGGGUCUCCUCCUUCACUCCCCUCCGCUUCGCCUCUUCCUCUUCCAAGGUCUCCGCCGACGACACCCUCAAGCGAGUCAUCGACUCCGAGAUCGACUGCGUCGUGCAAUCCGACGAUCCCAUUAGGGAAGUUGAUUUGCCUGAUGGAUUUCCUUUUGAGAUCAUAGAUAAUCCCGGUGACCAAACAGUAGUUCUUAAGCGCGAGCUUGCAGGAGAGACCAUUGAAGCCACUGUUUUCAUGAACUAUGAUGAGGAGCAAGAUUUAAAUGAGGAUGAUGAUGAUGAUGAUGCUAGGGAUGAUGGUCAUGAUGAGUCUUCCAUCAAGCCUACCAUCUCUUUGGUCGUGACCAUUCAAAAAGGAGAAGGUCCAUUUUUGGAAUUUUGCUGUAAUUUCAAUGAUGAUAAACUUGAGAUAGAGAGCAUGUCAAUCAAGAAACGUGAUGAUCCUGACGCUCAAAAUGCUUAUGAAGGUCCUGAGUUCUCGGAUUUGGACGAAAGUUUGCAGGCUGCCUUGCGCAGGUACCUGGAAGCUAGAGGUAUCAAGCGCUCCAUGUACGAUUUUCUACAUGAGUACAUGAUCAACAAGGAUGAGCGAGAGUACUUGACAUGGUUGAAGAACAUGAAAGAAUUCAUUGAGAAGUGAGCUAUUGGUCUACUUUUCAAAACCAAGUUUUAACAGAUACUCGGGAACUUUUAUAAUCAUCUACUUCUCCAGAAGUAGAGGUCGAAAAUCAUUUCAAUAUACUGUUGUUGCUGUACUUGCCUUUUCCCAAUGUUGUUUUAGGAACCUCCUCCAUCUUCAAAGGCCUACCUUAUUGCUUUCCGAUUCGUCAUAGGUAGUACAUUUCUAUCUGGCAUGAGGAUCAUGCUGCAGCGUCUGAGAGUGAGAGAGACAUUGUUUAUGUUAUUGUAUUGUUUAUUGUAUCUGAAUUUUCUGUUUUCACUAUUGAGUUGCAUAAAUCAAAACGGCAUUUUUAAGAGACACACAGAAAA